AUGGCGACAUCGAAUGCAAUGAAAUCGUGCGCUACAAAAUUGACUAAAGCAGAAAAAAAGGCCCUAAGAAAGCAAACGAGACUAAUUAAUAGUCUUCGCAGAAAUAAUGCCGAUCUUGCAACAGUUUCAGAAUCGCCCACUCGUCAUCUGAUGGUUGGAAAUGGAGGGUUCAUGUGUGGCAUAGACCGAAGGCAAAUUUUCAAUUUGUUCCAGAAGUUUGGAAACAUAGAACGACUUCUAAUGUUCCCUGGUAGAUCCUUCUCGUUUAUCACCUUUGAGCAUGUCAGUGAAUCAGUUAAGGCAAUGGAAAAAGUGCACGGGCGAGUUUUAGACUGUCCUUCGGAGUUUCCGAGACCCGACGUUAGAUUUUACUUGUCUUUUCUCACGAACGUACCCGAUAAUGUUUCCUUUGAAAAACAGGCCACACCAUCAGGUCUUGUGUUAGUGGACGAUUUUGUGACGGAGGUAGAAGAGGCGCAGUUAAUUCAAGCGUUAGGAUGGAGAAGUGGAGGGAGGGAGAAUGAGAUUCAAGGCACAGGUAGUUAUGGUUUGAUCAAGUUCACUAGAACCCUUUUAUAUUUCUGGGUGGAAGGGAGUGCAGUGAAAAUUUUUUCGAAAGAAAUUACUCUGACCCCGAUUAAGGCUCAAGUCCUUACCUUGUAAUGAAUAGUCCAGUCCAUCAGGCUACAGCUUACCAACCCUAACUGAUGGGGAAGGAUAAAAACAUACAUCAUAUAAAAUAUUCCUACAUAUGUGUAGCUUACCAUCUCCACCUGUCCCUUUCUGUACACCAAAUUGGAUGAUAGCAUCAUAAGUUAUGAAGAACUAUCCCAGAUUAGAAGCAAACUGUUUGUAAUAAGAUGUGACUGUUUAGUGCUUUUUCCAUAGACAUCUUUUGAUGUUGAUAUGAUUUACUUGUUCCCUUUUUGCUAUUAGUGCUGUUUGUGAAGAGACUGGCUUUAUUUGUUUAAGUAAAAUUCUAUAAUUCUGCCUUCUGAAUGAGUUAUACUACCUGCACAUUUUUUUUUAUUGUGGGGACCAAAUCAAUUGCAGGUAGGAUUGCCCUUAUAGUCAUAACCUUUCUUCUUCCUUCACAGCAAACCAACAACUUCGUCACAGAAGAGUCAAACAUUUUGGGUAUGAGUUCCUGUAUGGAUCAAGUAAUGUAGACAAAUCAAAUCCUUUACCUGGCGGAAUUCCUAGUGUUUGUGAUGAACUGUUGGAUCGUGUUCAGGAGAAAGUUAUGUGGAAACCAGAUCAAAUGACAGUUAAUGAAUACAAACCUGGCCAUGGUAUUCCACCUCACAUUGACACUCACUCAGCUUUUGAGGAUGGUAUAGUUUCACUCAGCCUAGGAUCACAGGUAUUUGUUUGAUAGCAGGUUUUCAAUAAGAUGGUUUGCAAUUAGAGGCAUGGCUCGUAAUAGUUAAUCUCCACAUUAAUCAUCUUUUUUUUUCAACCUUGUUUCCUGGCUGUCUCUUCUUCUUUGCCCCCAACCCCUCUCCCCUUAGGAAUGAGGUUGUUGGCAGAGAAAGGAUAAUGCAAUAGUGUGAGUGCAUGUCCUCUAACACUGUGGCCUGGGUUCUAUUUCUAGGCCAAACAUCACAUGGGAGUAGUUUAUUCUUUUUUUCCUAUUCUUGCUGCAAGGAUACUUGACAUACUAAUUCGACCUGGUCAGCACUUGAUGAAGGGUUACCCUAUUAGAGUUCCAUGGCUAAAUCCAUUUGUUUUGUUACAUUUCAAAUUUGAAUUUCUAAAAUUUUGUGUACUCAAAAUCCUGAUUUGACUUGGAAACAUUAAAUACAAAGCCACACCAUGAAAGUUUUUGGGUAAAAGUUUGGGGUAUUUUAUUUCAAAUAAUUUUUUUCAGGUCACAAUGGAAUUUCGUCAUCCGGAUGGUAGACACGUAUCAGUUGUUUUGCCGAGGAGGAGUUUACUUAUAAUGACUGGUGAAAGCAGAUAUCUUUGGAGUCAUGGGUAAGAUUUGGAUGGAUUACUUUUUAAUCAGGGAAAGGAAAGAACCAGAAGUAAUACAAAGUCGAUUGCAGCUGAGUUCGUGAUUUCGUUAUGUCUAAGUCGCGUCAAUCUUCGGUAUUCUUAGCCAUCCGCUGUCUUUUUGGCUAACUCUUGCCAUUUCUAUAUUCUCUCUCUUACCAGACCAAUACUUAGUGGUUUCCUUCACGCUGGCGCUAAUUUUCCUCGCGUCGGCACACGACUCAAAGAUGAAACGUGCAUAUCGUUCAUCUGAACUUGGAGUACACCUAGAUGAAAUUGUUUUCCAUAUUUUAAAAACUUUGUGAAAUAAAAUAAAAUUCUAAUCUUAACCCGUUUUUCUUUUACUUCUCAUCAUAUGUUCGUAUCUUUUGCGAACUAUAUUUUCUUAUCUUCAAAUUGCAGUAUAACGCCACGAAAAUACGAUAUCAUACAUGAUGUUAAAAGCACGUCAAACGAGGGGAAUGGUUACGAAGAAAACUCCAAGAAACCUGAAACAAAUAGCGCACAGGGCACCUCCAAUAUAACAGCCGAAGAGGGAAUGACUCUGUUUGAAAGAGAAACAAGGAUUUCGCUGACACUCCGCAAAGUCCGUCAAACUCCAUGUAACUGCGCCUUCCCAGCUCAGUGUGAUUCGCAAACUGGAAACAAGACUUCAGCUGCAAUCCCGCCUUCGUCCGAUGUUCCAACAACGAUUGGAGAAGCGCAAAAGCUGGAAAAGCUGCACGUGCAUGAAGUGUACGAGAAGAUUGCGCCACAUUUCAGUGGAACACGGCACAGCCCUUGGCCAAAAGUGGCUGAGUUUCUGCGAAAUCAACCAGUCGGGAGUCUGGUAGCUGAUGUAGGAUGUGGAAACGGCAAAUAUCUCGGGAUCAAUGAUAAUCUAUUCAAAACAGGUUCUGAUAGAAGUUUCAACCUGGCUUCCAUCUGCCGGGAGCGGGGAUAUUCUGUGAUUGUGUGUGAUGUCUUGUCAUUGCCAUACAGGUAAAGAGAGUAGCCAAAGUAUAAUCAUUAAUAUUAUUAUAGGAAUUUUAAUGUAUUGCCACAUGUAACCUGGGACUGCACUGGUUGUGAAUCUGCGCGCCUUGUAAUUGGCUUUCAAGAAACUUGCGUCACCAAUCAAAAAUGCAAAACUAAAACCGAUCCUAUAAUAGUCACAUGUGUUUUCGCGCGCUUUAGUUCUCAUCACUUCUUGUGUUCUUCAGUGAUCUGAUUGGCCAGUGUGUUUACUUUGAAUUUGGUAAUACUAAGUAUUCAAAUGGUUGGAAAGGUGAUCACGUAGUGUUUGUCUCGUUACUUUUUGUCGUUGACAGAGAUAAACUUGUCGUUAGCGAGGGAACAGGCCAAGGGAUUUAAAAGUCGUGAAACCGAAUUUCGUCGUUUUUGCUUUCGUCUUUCAGGUCUAAUGUGUUUGAUGUAACUCUCUGCAUCGCAGUUCUUCACCACCUCGCUACGGCCGAGCGACGUCUGGAAGGUCUGAAGGAACUGGUGCGAAUAACACGUCCAUGGGGACUGGUGCUCGUUUACGUAUGGGCUUUAGAACAGGAAGUGAAAAAGGUUAAAAAGAAACAGCUAAAGGAAGUGGAAUUCAGAGAACGUAAUGAUCACCACACCGGACAGGAAGACGUAAGCAACAAAAACGAGACUUCGGAAAAGAGCAAAGCGGUCGGAAACUUCUCCGCAAAUAACGAACCAUUCCCAAAUAAAUCCAAACCUUUAGAUGAUAAUUGUUCCACAAGAUUGAUGGUUAAUGCUAGUCGGGAAUCUUUUGAGCAACAAGAUUUGUUUGUGCCGUGGAAAUACAGCGGCUCUGGAAAACAACACGAGAAACAGGAAAAAGACACUGAAGAGUCAGGGGAAGGCACAGAUGGUCACGUGUACCACAGGUAUUAUCACGUGUUUCAAGAUGGCGAGCUCCGAGAACUUUGUAGCCGCCUCAGUAACGUGACAGUGGAGGAGCAUUAUUACGACAGAGGGAAUUGGUGCGUGGUACUCAGGAAAAAGAAAUAAUGCCGGCGUGGGAGUGGGUGGGGAGAAUCUUAGCAACUGAUUAACUUGAUUGUGUUACCAUUUACCAUACGCGAAUAAACGACGUAAGUGAAAGAAUGGCUCUAUUGCAGUUCUGAUGCUCAUUCCGUACACACUGCACUCUUUCGUUCCCUCAGUGCCUUUAAACCAUCAAAUGGGCC